GCUUUCUCUAGUUUUUCCCCCGUCCGAUAAUCGUCACCAAAGUAGAUCGCACUGAAAAACAAUGGCUUUAGGUUUUAUCGUCGGAUUCGUCGGGGUUCUGAUUCUAUUUCACGCCGCUUAUUCAAGUAUCCAAUACAGGGCUUUGUUGAAGAUUACGGAGGAAGAGUUUUCAGGGCCUCCUUUGAAUGUGGUAAUUGAGCUGUCUCUAGGAUUGAUGCUUUGUAUGUGGGCUGCAUUGACUGUGCCUGGGAAAAUUUUGUCCAUCCACCCUGACUCUGAAGAGAACAGGAUUGUUUCUUUACCUUCCAAUUUGGACUUCAUGAUCUUCAACCAUCGAGGCAAGGUCUUUCCUGUGGAAAUGGAUGUGAAGCUCAGGCAUUGAGGAUUUUUAUGGAAUUGGAUCAAGUACCUUGGUUUCUUAAACGAAGAAGAGAAUUCUUUUCACGAAAAUUGAAUAAUCUAUUUGUGGAUUUGAUAUCAGUAUCGGUUGAUGUAUGAGUUUUU